AUGCCCAAAUUCAUUAUUUUAGAUACAGGUGCAAUACUCAGAGUAGGAGCUGGUAAUUUUGGUGAAGCUAAGUUAUUGACAACACCUUCUGUUUUAGCUGAGAUUCAUGAUAAAAGCUUUUUUGAUGUUGGGAAGACAUCCUUUUUAGAAGCCUUGGAAGUAGUUAACCCUAGUGAGGACUGCUGUAAAUUUGUAGAUGAAUUCUCAAAAAAAACUGGUGAUAGUGGGUUUUUAUCAAUAACAGAUAUCCAUGUCAUUGCUCUUACGUUAAUGUUUCAUAGAAUAUAUGAUGAUAAGCUAUGUAUUAGGUCUUCGCCUGCUGAAACAAGUUUCACUAGAAUGUGUAUAGAUAAAGGUAAGAAAACAAGUAGAGAUGGUGAAAAUGAAUUUAUGAACAAGAGUCUAGAAUCUGGUGGUGAUUUGUUGAGUCCUUUUUCAAUGGAGUCUCAUACUAUAUUGGAGCAGGGAAUAUUAGGAAAUUCGGGUAGUGAAUCUGAAGGCGAAUGGGUUACUAAAUCGAAUAUAGACAGCAUUCAUGGGGGGUUGUCACUAAGUACGAAAUCUAAUGCAAUUGUUGCAUGUAUGACUUUAGAUUAUUCUAUGCAAAAUGUUAUUGUUCAAAUGGGUCUAAAUGUACUGAGUAUCUGUGGAUAUCUAAUAAAAAGUAUAAAAAGGUGGGAACUUAUUUGUAGAGGAUGCUAUAACUUUGAAAAAUUAACUGACAAAUAUUUCUGUAGCAAAUGUGGCAAUGCUACAUUAGAUCGUGUUCCAAUUGAAAUUUCUUCUGGGGGACUUAUUUAUAUAAAGGAUAACCGCAGAAAAAUAAACCUUAGAGGAACAAUAUAUUCAAUUCCUAAGCCGAAGACAGGUAGAAAAUCGAAAAGUCUUAUUUUUGCAGAAGAUCAAUUAUUAAUGGGAGGCAUACAAAAACAAAUAAUUCACAAAAAAAAACAGUGGGAGAAAAUAUACAAUGAGAGGAUUCAGUUUAAUAAUGGUGUUAAUUUCCAAGAAGUGUGGAAUAACUAUAAGUAUAACACUAAAACAUGCCCAGAAGUUGUCAUUGGGAUGGGUAAGGGAAACCCAAAUUCAAAUAGAUGGCAAAAAAAAAAUAAAAGUAGGUUUUAG